AGGGCAGGUGCACUGUGGGUACAGUGUGGGUGCCUGGGGCACAGCGGAGGAUGCCCACGAGCACCCAUGAUGCUGGCGGUGCCGGCAGGUUGAUGCUGGAGCUGCGGAAGGAACGCUCGCGGGAUGCAGCACGAUGCCGGCGCAGCCGGGAGACGGAGGUCUUCUACCAGCUGGCGCACACCCUGCCCUUCGCCCACGGUGUCAGCGCCCACCUCGACAAGGCCUCCAUCAUGCGUCUCACCAUCAGCUACCUGCGCGUCCACCGCCUCCUUGCCGCUGGCGCCUGGGCGGCAGCGGCGGAGGAGGUGGAUGGGUGCUACCUGAAGGCGCUGAGCGGCUUCGUGAUGGUGCUGAGCGAGGCGGGGGACAUGAUCUUCCUCUCUGAGAACGUCAACCGGCUCCUGGGGCUCAGCCAGCUGGAGAUGAUCGGCCACAGCGUCUUUGACUUCGUGCACCCCUGUGACCACGAGGAGCUGCAGGACGUGCUCAGCCCCCGGCAGGCGGUGCCACGGCGGGCAGGGGGAGCCUCGGGGCGCAGCUUCUCCCUGCGGAUGAAGAGCACCCUGACGGGACGCGGCUGCCUCAACCUGAAGGCAGCCUCCUGGAAGGUGCUGCACUGUGCGGGGCACAUGCGGUCGUACGUAGGGGCCGGGGGGGGCGACCCCCCCCUGCGCUGCCUGGUGCUGAUCUGCGAGGCCAUCCCCCACCCGGGGGCCAUCGAGACCCCCCUGGGCUCCGGCACCGUCCUCAGCCGCCACUCCAUGGACAUGAAGUUCACCUACUGUGAUGACAGGAUCGGGGAGGUGGCGGGGUACACCCCCGAGGAGCUGCUCGGCUGCUCCCUCUACGAGUACGUCCAUGCUCUUGACUCUGACACCCUCAGCAGGAGUGUGCACACCCUGCUGAGCAAGGGACAGGCAGUGACGAGCCAGUACCGGUUCCUGGCCAAGCGCGGGGGGUUCUUGUGGGCGCAGACCCAGGCCACCGUCAUCGCCAACAGCCGCAGCGCCCAGCCCGAGGGCAUCGUCUGCCUCCACUUCGUCCUCAGCCAUGUGGAGCAGCGGGGGGUGGUGCUGUCACUGGAGCAGACCCAACGCCAGGGUGAGGGGCGCCGCCUGCCCCCCCCUGCCCCUGGCCCAACACCCCCGACACCGUCCUCAACCUCAGCCUUGGGGUGGGGGGCCCACGGGUGCUGGGGGGGGUCUCUGGGAGUCUUGUGGGGGUUCUGGGGGUCCCCCACCCCAUGUGACAGUGUGGGCAGGGUGUGGGCAGGGGUGGGGGGCCCGCGGGUGCUGGCUUUCGUGCGCCCAGCCCACGUCCCUGAGGCAGCACUGCAGCGGGACCCCCGGCGCUUCUGCUCCCCCGAACUCGCCCGCCUCCUCGCCCCCAUCUUCGACAACCCCCCAGUGCCCCCCUGCCGCUGCCCCUGCAGCCCCUCUCCGCCCCCUGGGGACAAGCUGCUGUUCGAGGUGCAGAAGCUUUUCACGGGGACCCCCGGGGCCUGGCACAGCCCUGCAGGCGUCCCCCCUGGACCUGGCCAUGCUGGCCCCCUACAUCCCCAUGGACGGCGACUUCCAGCUGGGCGGGCCGAGGGCGCCGCGGGGGCGGGGCCCGCGCCCACCCGGCCCCGCCUCCGCGGCCGCGGCCCCGCCUCCGCGGCCCCGCGCCCGCAGCUUUCCUGGGCGCGGCUCCGUCCCCUCCCGCCCUGGCCCCGCCCUCCUGCGCUGGGGCAGCGACCCCGCCCUCGGCCCCGCCCUGAAGCCUCGCCCUGCCAGGAAGAGGGCGCGGGAGCCGAGCGGGGAGGACGCGGGGGCCCCCCUGAAGCGCCCCGAGCUCGACCCCCACCUGCUGCCCCCCCUCGGCCUGGGGCUGCUGCUGAGUGGGGAGGACCCCCCCCGGGACUGAGCCCCCGCCCGGGGCAGAAGCAGCCCCUCGAGCUGCUGGCUGCUGGCCUGGCCCUGCCAGGGGCCUCCCUGCAUCCCCCGGGGGCCCCCCCAGGAGGAGACUGAGGGGUGCCCAGGGGGGGGCCCCCUCCAGGUCACACAUCUGGAGAGCAACUGAGGGGGGGGGGGGCCCGCAUGUGGAAGGGCCCCCCCCCCCCCAAACCAUCAGUGGGUCCAAACCACUGACUCCCCCCCGCCUUGAUGGGGACCCCGAAACAGCCCCUCUCCCAAAAAAAACCAAGGAGGAGGGGGGGCCCAAAACACCACCCCCUGAUACCCAAUGGGGGACACCAAAAAAAACAGCCCCCCCAACCCACCCCCCAAACAGGGGGGCCCCAACCCCAUGUCCCUGGUGGG